UUUUCGCAAAAUUUUAGUAAACAAACAACUAUUAUACAUUAUUUAUUAUUGAGAAAUUGUUCUAAAAUGAAAAUAUACAGAGAGCAUACCAUAAUAGAGAUGGAUCAUUCGGAAAUCGUGAUGAAUCGUGGUCAUUCAAAGAAGACUAUUAUUAUGAUAGUAAUGUUGAUAUUAUUAUGUUCAUGUGUGUUGUCUAUAGCAAUUAAUGAAGUAGCAUUACAAAAAAAACAAGAACCAAAGAACAUAAACAGUGAAUUUAAUAACUUAACAAAUUUCAAUUUAUUUGAAUUAGUAAAAGAAAUAAAAAAAAUAAACUUAUCAAAUGACUAUAGUCAAGAUAGCAGGACACGUGAUGUGUCCAAAAUUAAUACAGCAGUAGAUGCAGCGUCAUAUUUGGUUGGAAUUAUACAGAUGUAUUUUGGUAAUAAUAAACAAAAAAUAUCAGAAUCACCUGUUAAUGUUAACAUUGUUAUUAAUAAUAAUUCAUUUAAAAAUAAUUCAAAAUAUGAGCAAUAAAAUUAAUAAAAAUAUAAUAAUCCAUUGUAUAAAUUUAUAUAAAUAAAUAUUUUG